AUGAACCCAGCAUUCACAAAUGUGGCAGUAUUAUUAGUAGUGUUGUUUUCAAAUGUUGUUGCAGCUAUUCCUGCAAACAAACAUGCUUUGAGAAUAAUUCGUCAGAUCAACAGGGAAGGCCCAAGGAUUGCUGUGCUCACUGUUUACCCACCAGAAGAGAAGGCUUUCUUUGCUGCAGGACUCCUCAAACCCCAUUCUAAAUACCCUUCUGUAGAUUUAUCUGGUAGGACAUUUCGCAUUGGAACAAUAUACAACAAGAAGAUUGUUUAUGUGCGAUGCGGCGUAGGACUUUUGAAUGCAGGGGUGACAACCCAGAUGUUAGCAGAUCUGUUUAACAUAGUAGGUGUCGUACACUUUGGCAUUGCUGGCAACGCAAACUCCUCCCUUUCAGUAGGAGAUGUCACAGUGCCGAAGUAUGUGGCUCACACAGGAUUAUGGCAUUGGCUGAAAGCCAAUGGAAAGGAGGAGACAAAUAAUGUGGGGCACUUGGAUGUGGGAGACUACAAUGUUCCCCAAGGAAAUAAAACUAAUCUCUUGGGAAAGAUUUCCUAUGACCCAGAGGACUUUUACAAGGAAAAUGGGACACCCAAUAUACCAGAGGACUUAUUCUGGGCUGAAACAAGUCAGGAAUGGUUUGAAAAUGCAAGCAAAUUUCUUAAUGGUUUCAAAUUGGUAUCCUGCUUGAACAAAACUUUUUGUCUUCCAAGGCCAGCUAACAUUGUCUUUGGGCAGAAGGCAUCAUCUGCAAAUAUUUUUGUAGAUAAUGGUUCUUACAGGGAGUUUCUUGUAAGCCACUUUAAUGUUUCCUCUGUUGAUGAAGAGAGUGCAGCAGUGGUUAUGACCAGCCUGUCAAAUAAAUUAAAAGUCAUUGUUUUCAGAGGUUUGUCUGACUUGGCUGGAGCACAGGAGGGUGAGAAUUCAAUACAUGAAUUUGGACCCCUUGCAGCUAAGAAUGCUGUGAGAGCUUCACUGGAGUUCAUAAGGAAAUUCCCUAAUUUUACACCCUGA